CAGCAAUGCUUGACAGUUUGCAGUCUGGCAGGAGAGUGCUGCGUGAGCGUUACUUUGCUGUCAGGAGCGACAGCAUAAACAGUGUUGCUUUUAAUCAAACGCGGCUCGUUCUACCACGUCCAGAUAUAAUAGUAUUUGUCUCUGAGUUUGCAGCUUUAAGACUUUAGAUAGUUCUGUGAUUAAUACAAAUAAUGGGAUGUCAGCUGUACCUCGGAAGCUGAGAAUCUUGCUUGUAGCAUCCUCAACACUGUUGAUAUUGAGCUGAAGAAAAAUAAUAAUAAUAAUAAUAAUAACAAUACAUCUACAUUGACCUGGGGGCUAAAAACAUAACAUUGUUAUUGAUCUACAGCAUUCGGAUUUGCUAUACACCUGCUCGUCUUUUUCAGUUGCAAAAGUAUGAACUGAUUUAUUCAUGUAGUACUUAAGAACCUUUGUCAGUAUCGUUUUUGUGUGUAUAAAUUAAAUGAUAGAAGAUACAAUGACGUUGUUGUCUCUCUUGGGUCGGAUCAUGCGUUAUUUCUUACUGCGACCAGAGACCUUGUUCCUGCUAUGCAUUAGUUUAGCCCUUUGGAGCUACUUCUUCCACACGGAUGAAGUGAAGACGAUUGUCAAGUCGAGCAGGGAUGCCGUGAAGAUGGUUAAAGGAAAGGUAGCGGAGAUUAUGCAGAAUGACAGACUGGGAGGUCUUGAUAUCCUGGAGGCUGAGUUCUCGAAAACCUGGGAAUUCAAGCGCCACAAUGUGGCCGUGUAUUCCAUACAAGGCAGGAGAGAACACAUGGAAGACCGCUUUGAAGUCAUCACUGAUUUGGUCAACAAGACUCACCCGUCCAUAUUCGGAAUAUUUGACGGCCACGGAGGAGAGUCUGCAGCUGAAUAUGUGAAGACACACCUGCCUGAGGUUCUGAAGCAACAGCUGCUGAACUACGAGAAGGAUAAAGAGAACAGUGUGCUGUCUUACCAGAGUAUCCUAGAACAACACAUCCUUUCAAUCGACAAGGAAAUGCUCGAUAAACUGUCUGCCUCCUAUGAUGAAGCAGGUACCACCUGCCUGGUUGCGUUGUUAUCAGAUAAAGAACUGACAGUGGCAAAUGUUGGGGAUUCGCGGGGAGUGCUGUGUGACAAAGAUGGAAAUGCCAUCGCUUUAUCACACGACCAUAAGCCCUAUCAACUGAAGGAAAGAAAAAGAAUCAAGAGAGCGGGGGGGUUCAUCAGCUUCAAUGGCUCUUGGAGGGUCCAGGGCAUCCUCGCAAUGUCUCGGUCCCUGGGCGACUACCCCCUGAAGAACCUGAACGUCAUCAUCUCGGAACCGGAUAUUCUGACCUUUGACCUCGACAAGCUGCAGCCCGAGUUUAUGAUCCUGGCUUCCGACGGACUGUGGGAUGCUUUCAGCAAUGAAGAGGCAGUGCGCUUCAUCAAAGAGAGAUUGGAUGAACCACAUUUUGGGGCCAAGAGCAUUGUAUUGCAGUCGUUUUACAGGGGAUGCCCUGAUAAUAUAACUGUCAUGGUUGUAAAAUUCAGAAACAGCAGCAAAACAGGAGACCAGUGAAAAUAUAUAUUUUUCCCCCACCGAGUUUUAAAGCAAGAACUAUGUUUAUAGCAUUAUCUACAAAGUAUUUUAGUGUUAUCUGAAUUAUUAGCAAUGAUAAAGGGCACAGUUUCCCAAUGUUAUAUAUAUAUGUUUUUUUGUUUGUUCUCACAGGUAAGAAACAAAUAAAUAUUGCGUUAGAUCUUUAUAAACAGGAUAAAUAUGCUUUGUGUUUAACGAUUAGUAGGAGCCGGUGUGGUGGGAGAAUAAAUACGGAAUAUGGAUUUCCAAUCAAUUAAGACUGGCUAAUCUAACUCUUGUUCUCGUUGGAAAGUUUGCCUGAUCUCCUAGCUCAUUUUAUUUUAGUAUUGAUGAAAAUUAGUUAUCCAUGCAUGAAUAGUUUAACUGCUUAGAAAGGAAGCCCAGAUUUAAUCAGUCACAAAUAAAUGUUCUUCCAUUAGCUAACUCUUAAAGCACGUAAUGGAUUAGUUUCAGGUGAAUCUUAUUCAGGUGACUCUUAUUCAGGUGAAUCCUGCUUCCAUAAAGCUUUCACAAUUUCAAAAACAGACCAGGGAGGCACACCCUCUUCCAGUAGACUUUGCUAAGUGUUAUCUUAGUUUUUCAGUGUAUAUAAUCAGGUCUGGCAUAAUUUAUAGGUUUGUUGUUUUUCUUUUUUUACGACCAGCCUUAAUUUUAUAAAAUAUCCAUGCGUUGAAUUCUAGGUUCACACAUAGAAGAAAAGAAUGGUUUAUCCUAUUACUGGAACAGAGUUCCAGUACCUGAUUUCAGUUAAAUUCAGUAUUCUAUAUAAAUGUUAAGAAACAGUAUGGUUUAACAAUAUGUUAAAUGAGUGCUUAAUCUGUAAGAGAAGAACAGAGAAGUAUUAAUAAAAAUUGCUAAUAUAAGUAGAAACAUAGGAAUCUGGAAAAUAAAAAGCUAAUUUUGUUUUGACUGAAACACUCAUCUGCUACCUUAUUAUUAUUUUUUUGUUUGAUUGCUUGCUUGCUAUUAACAGCUUUGCCAAAAGGUGCACUGGUUAUUGUAAAGCUUAGUGAAUUCCCACGCACACAAAGUGAAUCUGAGUUUUUACAUCUAGAUUGUCUUCAUUUUUUACAUUUGUCUCAGAGAUAAUAUGAAUACAGAACCGUGUACUACCAAUGUACAUUAUGUACGUCAGCCUAGUACUCUAAUAGGAAACUAAUGAUAAUGCCACCUUGGAUGAAAAAACAAACCUGUAAUGAUGCACUAGAGGUAGUAGUUUUGGUUAUAUAUUCUUCUAGAAUGCUGUAUGUGUUACCAAAUGUGAUGUUUGUAUUGUUGAAUUUCAGAAAAUGUAAAAAAUAAAAUAAAAAAUUGUGGAUUUAAGGAGAACAUAAUAAAAACACAUUAAAAGCUUUACUUUUUGCCAUUACUGUAUUGUUUAGUAUUUAAAAAUAUAUUGAUGUGUUUAAAAAAAAAGUUUUCAUUUCCAGCCUUUUGUGACAUGACAACGCAAUCUGUUCGCAUUGUUAAUAAUGGAACCUUUCAACUAAAACCUUCAGGUGCAGCCCUAAAGCUGAAUGUCUGAAACCUGACCAAAGGCUGUUUAUACCAAAAAAAAAAUGUAAAUCAGCAAUUAUUCAAUAAUGCUGUAUGGCAUCCAA